UCGUUCCGUUGUAGCGACAUCUUAGAACAGUUGUGUACCUGAACUUCCAAGGAGUCCAUACCUAUUUCAGAUUGACAAAUAAUCAGUUAGAAUGCCUGUACAACAAGUGAUAGACCAGCCCGAUGUUUCCGUUUUUGAAUUUGUUGGCAGGAAACACGAGUUUCGAAAAUUUGAAGAAGCUUGGAGUAAGUACAAGCUGUUUGGUAUAUUUGGAAUCAGGUCUGUUGGAAAAUCAAGGUGUGUAAGGGAGUACCUGAAAACCAAAAAGUGUCAGGUGAUAUAUGUAGAACUUCAGUACAUUGACUCCAUAGAGUCGCUAUAUUCAAACACAUGCGCCCUACUGGGAAUAGAACCAGAUCCGAAAGCCACAGAAACCGAGAAAUGGAUAAAACAAGUAAUAUCUGCAGUAACGAUUGCGUCAAAACACGAGAGUUUGGUUAUCUUCUUUGAUAAUGCCGAGGAUGUCAUAGAAAGUCAAUUUAGUGGUCAAUUUUUAACAUUUCUUUCAAAACUUGCACAAUCUUGCACUCGGAUUAAGAUAUUUGUGACAUCAACAACUCGGAUUCAGUUCACUCGGUUUCGAUUCUUUACAUUUGAAAUGAAGCCCUUGGUAGAAAGCGAAGCCAAGGAGUUGCUGCAGACAAUUGCACCAGAUGUUGACCUAGGGGAAUAUGGUGAAGCCAUUGUCAAACUAAGCGAAGGUUUACCUCUGAUGAUACUGAUGAUUGGCGCCGAACUGAAAGCAGACGAAGGACUUCUAACGCCAGCAGAUAUGGUUGAAUUAUUAUGUCAAUGUCGCCUAGAAACACUUAGCAAUGAGUUUUACCCGGAGGAAGACCGAAUAGGUGAUGUGUAUAGGACUUUUAUACUGCGAUUAUCUGGGGAGUUCCAAUGUCAUCUGAUAGAUCUAGGAUACAUUCCUGGAUCGUUUAAUGCAAUGGAAGCUGGUGGUCUCCUAGGUAUAGAGAGUGAGGCGAUGGCGAAGCAAACUGCAAUUCUACCAAUCAGACGAAGACACAUGCUAAAUUAUGAUCCUGAAAACAGUCGUUUUAACAUUCAGGGUAUUUUGCGUGAGGUGUUGAAGGCUGACUUUGUUAUAAGAGAUCUACCUGAAUUACGAAAGAAAUACUGCAAAGUGUUUACAGAGGUCAUGAAGAAAAUAUCAAUACAAAUGGGCACAGAGGAGUACGCUAAAGCGUAUUCAGAAUUUGCUGUUGAACAACCAAACCUACAGAAACUUCUAGGUGAUGUUGAAUACACUAGAGAAGACACUUACCACUUCUUCAUUGAAAUUGCAUCGUCGUAUACCACUGUCAUAGAAAGAUUCAUGACACGUGAAAGUGAUACAUUUUAUAAUGCGUGCCUAAGAUUAGCAGAGAUGUAUGGUAGAUCAGUUGAUAAAGCGGCAGUACAUAUAGCAGUUGGAAGUAUGGAAACAAACACAAAAGGAGACUUUUUACAUGGUGCAAACAAUUAUCAAUCAGCACUGGAAGUGUUAGAGAAGAUGGAGAAGUCUGUACAUUUAGCAUCAGCCUAUCAGAAAAUGGGUUGGAAUAUGCACAAACAAGGGUUAAACGCCGAAGCAAUUCAGUAUUAUAAGAAGUCCCUUGACAUCUCUGUAUAUGGAGGAUCUGAAUAUGAGACACUUGCUAUGCAGUCAUUCAGCUGUAUGGGGAUAUCACAUACAUUUCUGGGUAACGAGUUAAACAAAAUAAUUAGCAUUUCUCAUAACUUGAUUACUCAGGAUAUCUUACCUACUAACUCAAUUUUACAUGACAUUUUAAAUUGA